CAACCAACCUGCCACUUUGUUAGUUGAAGCUCUCCUUUUCCAAUACCAAAUUGAAACUAUUUCUAAAAGUUUCACCAACAUUUAUGCUCUCUUUGAAUCUAUUAUCCGACUGGGAAUACUAUCAUCAUCAUGGCGGCUCAUGUCACGCUGGGUCCUGCGAAGCUGGUGCUCUUGGCUGUACACUUCGCAACCAUCGCCGACAUCGAUAGCUUGACCUAUCUCAUUGGCCAGCAUGCCGUAAUACUACGGUCAGAGCUGGUACUCCGAAUCAUUCUCACAUAUCUUCCCGAAACCCUCAGUCCGGCAGUGUAUGUACCUCUCAUACAAGCUAUUGCCAGUGACGAAUCGCCGUCACAGACAAAUCCAGACUAUCAGCUCGACACUUCUUCUGUUCAAAGUAUAACAGAAGAUCAGGCUUCAAGAAAAGUCAAGAAACUUCAUCUUCUCUCUCUAAAAAAUACUGAUGUGCCUCUCACUCUCGCUCACGAGGCUGAUCCACUCACCUCUUUCUUACUUUUGAGGGCUUACAGAAUGGACGAAGAAGCAGGCAUGCUACCACAAGUCCCCAACCUGGUGUCCCCAUUCCUGCAGCAUUCGCGUGAGCUUCACACGUGGAUGAUCUCAACGGUUCUCCCUCUGGUCAGACGAAACUAUGAGUAUUAUCCACAAAGACCCAUACGGUACCCGCUGCUUGAGUUCCAGAAUCUACCUGACAGAAUAGCCAUCGAUUAUCUCCUGGCUGAGACAGGUGCUGUCGAUGACGAGUUUGGCCUAGCUGGCCGUGAUCUGCGUGGGCUUGUCGGGCCUUGGCUACAUAACGAAUCGAGGUGGAAACGAGAGGCCUUUGACCAAGAUGUAUCACACGACACGGAUACAGCGCCUGAAUUAUCGUGUCCUGGUUGGGAGCAGGCUCUCGAAUGGCUCGCCUCUAAAGCGGCAACAUCCUGGCCAGUCGCUCUCAAAGCCAUUGAAUCCUGGGAUGGGCCAUCGGAUAUAGACCUGGGAAACGAUGCCGGCUCGUGGCUUCAGGAAAACCAACAGCAGUAUCUCGACCGCUCUUACGCCAGGGCCGUCCUAGCUUCUGCAUAUCUUGUCUCUGAUCCCGACUUGGGGGCUUUGGAGGCAGCCUUCAGAAUUUACAACAAGAUCCGGUCUCUUUUGGAUGAAGACUCCGAUAUAACACUUCAAACCGCAGUAGAAAAUCUUGCCCCUGUUCCGCCUUUUGAUAUAGAUGCAUUUGGUGGAGCCAAAGCUGCGACAUACCUACGUAACGACCUACUACAAGGCUCAAAUCCUCUGACAACACCCAAAGAGGAAUCUCUUGAUCUUCUCCCUGCUCUCAUCCAAAGCGCUUAUCUUCUUACCCACUCGGGCGUUCCCUGCACAAUUCGUAAAGCUGGAGAUCUAGCGUUUAUUCAGGAUCAGCAGGAACAAAAAUCGCAAAUUGGCCGUCUUAUACGAAAUCUUCCGACUCGUGCCUCUGAUGACGACGGUUUCUGGAUCCGGGCACGAAAAGAGAUACUAUGGCUGCAUGGUUGGGGAAACAGUCUGAAGUCUACCAGAGACGAAACUUUGCUGGGCAUAUUUGGCAAGGUGACCCUGGAGUUCAUCGAGACAGAGCUUUUGAAAGCCAUGCUUUCGCGCUCACGAUACAACCUAGCAAGAACCCUUUACGAUCAAGAAGGGCCAGAUGCGCCUCUGUCAGUAUCUGCCGUGCUAAACACUGUACAAAACGCAGCUCUCGGGGCAUUCGAUAAUGCUUCGAAUCCAAACCGGAAUAGAGGGGGAUUAAAAAGAUGCGAUGAAAUCCUUAAAGCUUUUCCGAGAACGUUGGGUACAAAUCAUUCCGUCAGAAAACGCAUCGAAGCAUUAUUGAAGGCUACUCAUGCCUUGAGCGACUAUCGCCUGGUACUCAAACAAGGCGAACCUUUCAGUCCGGUUGUACUCCGAGUGCACUCUGAUCCGAUCUCGAUCAUCGAAAAGGUUCUAGAACAAAAUCCCAAAGCAUACACACGUUUGCAAGAGUUUGAGGAACUGGGAAACAACAUGAUCCAUGCGAAUUUGCCAAUUUACGUGAGGCCAGGAAAGCAGCAGCCGAUAACAGAGGAUCAAGACGCGGUCAAAUCAUUGGUCACAAAACGAAUCGUUGCCAUGUGCAUCGAAGCUGCUUUGCGCGAAGACGACUUCGAAACUGCAUACUCUUACGUGGUAACCCGUCUUGGUGCCGAUGAGAAUGUGCAUAAGUCGCAGCCUGCAGGCAUAUCUGACGAAUGGUCAUGGAAGGCAGCACUUGACGCUGGCAAAUAUGUCCGCACGGAGAGAUCCCAGAAGCCAACGCAUCUCGGAACGGCAAGUGGAAAUCCCGAGAUACGCCAUCUCGAGCAGCGGAUUGAGUGCCUAGCAACUUCUCUACGGUUAGCUCCCCCGCCUCAGCUGCAGGAAGUAUUAAAGACCUUCCGUCGUUGCGAAGAGCAAUUGGAUGCUGCAAUUAAGGAGGAGGCUGCUCGAGAAGCUGCCUGGGAUACCGCAGGUGACCUUUCGGGUCUCCCUGGCUCGUUCGAUACACCAGGCCCAGAUAAGGCUUAUCCACCCCGCAACAUAUCUGCCAGCGCGACAGCUCGUCAAGCCGAGGAAGCGCCAAUGUCUCUCUUCGAUCUUUCUAGAGCCACAGCCAGGGUCGCGUCCAGGAACCUACCUGUGUUGUCAAGCUUGCAGGGUUCUUUUACAUCAGAUAAGACGAAUGCAGAGUCCGAGUCCUCUGAGUCCGAGUUGCACGAGCAGAAUAGAACAAGGAAGAGGGAUCAGCUAAGAGAGGCUGCGACUGGUACUCUGGUAUCUGGCGUGGGGUGGCUGCUUGGAGCAAAUCCAAAGCGACCUACAAGUGGCCAGCAGUAAUCAGACGUGUGCCUCAUUGGAGACCAUUUAUCAGGGGGUGAGGAAGCAGCCUUGAGAUAGCAGGUUGGGUUCUUUGGAAACCUCAGGUCACCAAAUGCAGACAUUCAACGCAAUCGACUAGACAUCAAAGUUGUUUACGUUUUCAAUGGCCAUGCGAAGGAUGCAGGUGGGCUGGGUCCUCACUAACAGUUGAGGGAAUCAUCCCUAUUUCGUUUCUCACUUACACAUAGAAUACGAAGCUAUAACUGUCCCAAAAGUGACCAACAGGUCAAAAUACCGAGCUGAAUAAGCGUGGGGACGUCAGGCGCAUCAAGGGAAGAGGGUUAAUAACACGAAUAUUUACAAAAUAAUAAACUGAAACUAGUUGGGAGAAUGCUUCUGUGGCAGCUGUUCAUUACAGCCAACUUCUCGAUGUUCUUUGAAAUGAAUACAACGCACAGUCAAAUGCAUGCAUCGCUAGAUGGAAGCUCCACGGACGCAUGUAUGCUCCUUUGUAACCCCUAUUGAGUGAUGGGAAAUUGAAGUAGCAUUUCCGCAUAGCUACGACUCUUGUUCAAGUCAGCCCUCAAAGGAGCGUUGGCCCAACUCACUGUUUGGACUUUUGGCAGCGAAAACAUCGGCGGUUACUCUCGUAUAUGAAUAUAUCCAGUUUGGGGGAUCACCCUACCAUUCAGUCAGCAGGAUCACAACUUGCAGU